AUGAAGAUCCCACUCUAUAUACCAGAACAUUUUCAGGCUCAGUACGAAGCUCACCUUGCAGCGAUUGCGACGCAAGGGGUCGACGGGUGUGAUGAUUUCGAGUGUGAUGUUGCCGAGCCACCAAAUGUUUCCUUCUCUUAUGCAGGGGAGAGCGCUUUGGGAACAUCCAUUUUGUAUGACGAGUGGGACACAGAAAUAACUCGCGCGCCAGAUGAAUCACCGUUGGCCAACAAGUCGGGGAAGCGCAGAAGUUCAUUAAAAAGAAAACGUAGUCAAGAUGAUGAGAGCCAUGACUCUGAUGUCCCUGCUGUACCUGGUGUACAGGCACUCCCUGUUGCCGAUUCUUUACCUGAGGAUGGCAUCCCAACCAACGGUGAAGAGUAUCUAUUAUCGGUUCGAAUUGAUGCGUCUUCAUUACCUGGAAUUACUCGAGCCGCAAACCUUUUUGAACAAGUUCCCCGUUCAUAUUCACAGCGAACCAGCCCUCCCAUUGGACGUCACCCGAAUUUGCCCUCAGAAAAAUGGAUCAUUAUGUUUUGCGCCAAAUUCAAUGCAUUUCGACAGACCGUGAAACGGUCCAAUUUCCGAAUCAGCCUCGAAGCUGAGGCAGCUGCACAGUCCAUUCGAUUACCAGGCCCAAAAGAUGCUCCCGCAUGGCGGAGCCUCAUCUUUCAACCUAAAGCGCGAAAGGCAACUUCAGCCACAUCGCAAGACUCAGCUGAAGUACAAAUAUCGGGUGCCCUCGGAGAAAAUGCUGGGCCUCCUCAUGAAGGUACCGACGUUUCCCACUACAGUUUCGAAGUGGACUCGGAUGACGAACAUGCGUCCGAAAAUCAUAGCGAUAUUGGGAUGCGAAAUAUUGCAGAUGGUGUGAGCGUUCAUAUGGCUCAGUUUGACGGAGAGGAUGAAACCACGAAUGAACCCCCACAUGAAAGCUCUUUCACCCAAUCUCCCAAUAUUUUGGAAGACGUCAACAAGGACACCCUGUCAAAGGGACCUUGCAUACCGAAUAUCGCCUUCUUGAAGCUUCUUGAAUCAAGCGAUUACUCAUGUCUUAUCGCGCACUUUUGCCAUUGGCUGUCACAAUCUUUGGACGAGGAAACCGAACUGGCCGGUGCAUCUAACUUUGUGACAGCUUUGUCUCCCAGUCAUUCUAAAUGGCUCUUUUCCCUCCUGGCACACGCUGACGACGAGCUAAUGAGUGGUAAGGAGAUAAGUACCUUACGUAUCCUGGCCAGAGUGUGUGUAGAGCUGGUGAGAAGGUCCCUUAACGCGGAAGCAAAGCUCAGAAACUCGGAUGCUUCCCAGGACGGAGGUCUCAGCACCGAAGGCGAGGAGAGGGAGGCGUGGAGAGAGACAGUUCUCCAAACGGCUGGGGGCCACGAGAUCCAUCUAGUGACCGAGAAACAGGACGAGCAAGUUGUUGGAUGGUACUGGCCGCCAUCAGUGGUGUUUGGGGCCAAUCUGACUUGUGGCUUGAGGCCAGUGCUCGCCUUUAUGGGGACUUCCACUACAGCGAAUCAGUAG